CUCAGAAGUUUUGUCACCGACAUGGGCAUCCUUACGUUGGAGAUAUCCAGGUUGGGCUUAGAAUCACUCCAACAUGGAUACAAGGUCAGCCCAAUCCUAAAGCCUAAAGCCUGAUGCAAAGGAUAAAGCCCAAACUGGCCGAGUGUUUCUGUUUUUGCUUGUGAGUUGCUGCCUGCAGCCAUUCGGCUGGCUUGCCUUCGCCGGGCCGUUGGGGGGUUCUGACUUGUGAGAAUAUCAUUCACAAUAGCAGCAGAGUGAGAGCGUGGAGAAUCUUAAGAUGGACGGCAGCAUUUAUUCGUCUUCAUCCACCUCCGUCCUGCUUUCUCCCCAGUCGACUUAUCCAAGUUGGCACCUCAAAACCAAUUCUCUGUCAUGGUCUUCCUCCUUACCCAAGCUUCACCUCUCUACUCCCACUCCCAUUCCCAUCCGCCGCAAGCUGCAUGGACCAGGAGAUCCCGAGGUGAAGUAGCAAAAAGGCCUAACCGGAAGUCAUGGAAGCAAAGAACUGAUAUGUACAUGAGACCCUUCUUACUGAAUGUUUUCUUUUCAAAGCGAUUCAUCCACGCCAAAGUGAUGCACAGGAAUACCAGCAAAGUGAUAUCUGUUGCUAGCACAAAUGCCAAGGACCUAAGGUACACAUUACCAUCACUCACCGACGACAAUGCCUGUAGGGUUAUAGGGAAGCUAAUUGCCGAGAGGUCCAUGGAAGCUGAUGUCUUUGCAAUGUCUUAUGAGCCCCAAAAGAAUGUGACAAUCCAGGGGAAACUUGGGAUUCUCCUUGACACCAUUAAGGAGAGUGGGAUUAUUUUUUACUAAACCUCAAAUACUUGGUUUUGCUCGAAGUUUAGUAGCAAUAAAAGCUUCCGAGUUGCUGUUGCAUUUGAGAUA